UAUUUCUUUCGCUAUUAAGAAAAUCUUGUUCUAAUACCAAAUUAUCAUGUAUCCUACAUUUGUGACUCGAGGUUUAUUACAAUUACGGCUAAUCACUAGUACGAAACCCCUUAAUCUUCAAUUACACACAGGUGUAUCAUGUUUUGCCGCCGUGAAGAAAACCUCCGCUGCUGGAGGGGUAAUGGGCCUGGGGAAAGGCAAAAAGAAAGGAGGUAAACUGACCACUAUGGAAAAACAACAGCUACCAGUUGAAACUGAUCCAGAAAAGCUAGUUAACUAUGUGUGUGGAUCCAACAUUUACACAACGGGGGAAGAUGUCAAGCUAAAAGAUGACAGUGAGUACCCAGAAUGGCUGUGGUCUCUAAACACUGGUGCCGCUCCACGAAUCGAAGACUUAGACCCCAAUACUAAGGAGUAUUGGUUGCGGGUCAGAGCGGCUGGCAUGCGACGCAACAACAAACUACGGUCAAUGCGCAAGUUUUAAAUGCAAUUGUUUAUAGUGAAACUAUAGUUUACCUAAUGUAAUUUGAACUUUUCUCCCUAAUAAAUGAAAAGUAAAUUGGAUCAGUUACUCUAAUUUAUUUAUUUUAUGUUUUGUCUCUGUUCAUUGAAUUACAAAUGACAGGAGUAAUAUGAGGCGUAACUAGUCUAAGAUUAUUCUUCGUUUAUAUAAGAGGGGUUGGAGUGUGAGGCCAUACCUAUUGUGUCACAAUCAAUUGAUUAUAUUUGUUUCUUAGGUUUUCACGCACAUCACUCAUUAAAUAAAACUAGUUUUUUAUGGGUUAAUGCACGAAAC